UUUGGAACACGGGUUGUAUUUCCCGCUAACAAGCUCGAAAUACCCGCAAAUAAAAGAGGUAUUUCAGGUUCCAGCCGUCGCAAUGCACUCCAGCAAAAACGGCGGCGAUGACGCGGCGUCCGGAGACGCCAAAGUUUUCCGUGGGCCACAAAACGGCUUUAUUUUCCGUUUCUGCCACAAACACACUUCCGUUCUGCCGUGGCCAACGUUGCGUCCACAACGCUCUGCUCAGGUGCGCUCCUCACCCCCACCCCUAAAAACUCCCCUUUUUUUCCCCCAAUCCCUCCCCUCCCCACGUGGGGGAAAGAAUCAUUGUUUCUGUGCUGAUUGUGUGUGUGUGCCAACCAGCAAGAGUGUAGACACGCAAACGCUCUCCAAUUGCCAACGUGUAGAGAUCAUCAGAGAUGGAAAGCGCCCGAGUUCCCAGAGAAAGUUUGGUGGCGAGCGGACGAUGACACCCCCUCCUCCUAGCUUCUCGGGGUGAAAACGGAAGGGCUUCUCUCUCUCUAGUAAGCUAACGGUGCCAAGGUAAAAAGCUCGUCGAAGCCGACGUCCCAAACCUUUCUUCGGUAGACGACCCUGGUUGGGGUCGUACAGUCUGCUAACACGUCGUCUGCUCCGGGUGUCUUUGGGUGGGGCUAGGUGGCGCUGCCGCUACGGAGGUUAAGAAGGAAGGUAAGGAGUCUCCUGAACUGGAAAAGUACUGGCAAGUGGUGCGCACCAAUCCGGCAGACUUCACAGGAUGGACGUACCUCCUGCAGUUUGUGGAACAAGAGAACAACCUGACUGCGGCGAGGGAAGCAUUUGACAAGUUCUUCACCUACUACCCGUACUGCUAUGGCUACUGGAAGAAGUAUGCCGACAUGGAAAAGAAACACUGCUCCAUUGAGAAGGCAGAAGAGACGUUUGAGCGCGGCGUCGCGGCCAUUCCCCUCAGCGUGGACCUGUGGAUCCACUACAUCAACUUUGUCAAGACUCACUUCAAGGAUGAGGACCACUACUACCUCAAGGUCAAAAAUCUGUUCGAGCGUGCCAUCGAGUCGUCGGGGCAGGACUUCCGCUCGGAUCGGCUGUGGGACAUGUUUGUCACCUGGGAGCUGGAGAACAAGAACCUCAAGGAAGUGACGGCCAUCUACGAGCGGGUGCUCCAGGUGCCCACGCAGCUGUACGGCCACCACUUCGAAAAGUUCCAGGAGCACGUGAAGACGCACCCCCCCAAGGAGCUGCUCUCGACGGACGAGUUCCUGCAGCUGCGGCAGCAGUACCUGGAGUCGAUGCGCAAGGCCCCGUCCACGCUGCCCUCCUCGCCCCUCGCAGGGGCCGCUGGGGGUGCCGGUGCCGGGGAGGAGGGGGGCCCCAGCCAGAUGGAGAUCGACGAGGAGGAGGGGGCGGACGCCCCGCCCCCGGGGGUGGACGACGCGGGCCCGCCCGGGGUGGACGACGACACCGUCGAGAAGGAGGACUCCAGGGCCCUGAAGAACGACAAUGAAGCCAAGUACAUCCGGGACAAAGUGGUGGAGAAGCGGAGAGUCCUCUUCAAGGCCAACGAGGAGGAAGUGGGACGCCGGUGGGCCUUCGAGGAAGGGAUCAAGCGUCCCUACUUCCACGUGAAGCCCCUGGAGCGCCUGCAGCUGAAGAACUGGCGGGAGUACCUGGACUUCGAGGUGCGGAACGGCAACCACACGCGGACGGUGAUCCUCUUCGAACGCUGCCUCAUUGCCUGUGCUCUCUACGAGGACAUGUGGAUGAAGUACAUCAAGUACCUGGACACGGCGGAGCCCGAGAAAGUGAAGGAGGUUUUUCAGAGGGCCUGCACCAUCCACCUGGUGCGCAAGCCCAGCGCCAGCCUUGCCUGGGCGGCCUACGAGGAGAAGCACGGGCGGUUCGAAGAGGCGUCGGCCAUCUUGGCGGGCACCGAGGAGCGGAUCCCGGACUUACUGGAGGCCACGCUGCGUCGGAUCAACGUGGAGCGCCGCUGCGGCAACCUGGACAAGGUGGAGGAGCUGUACCGGGCCUGCAUUGCCAAGGCGGCCAACGCCCCCAUGAGCACCUACUUUGCCUCCAAGCUGUCUCGCUUCCUGUCCAAGGUGCGGAACGACACAGAAGCCGCCAGGAAGGUGCUGAAAGAGGCCAUGGAGCGAGACCCGACGUGCGGCCGUCUCUACAUGCAACUGGUGGACAUAGGCUUUGAGAAGACCCCUCCGGACGAGGCGGCCGUCGUCGAGGCCUUUGACCUGGCCCUGGCCAGCAGCGACCUGUCCCCGGGGGACAAGCUCACCUUCCUCCAGCGGAAGCUGGAGUUCCUCGAGGACUUCGGGGCAGACGUGAACAAGAUUCAAGAGGUGUUUGAGGAGUACAGCAAGAUGGUCAAGGUGCAGGCGUCCGCUUCCAAGAAGCGAUCUGCCGAGGAAGAGACGGAAACGGCGGACAAGAAGCCCAAGAUCGAGGUGAACGGCGCGGAGAGCGUACCCAGCGCAGUCAACUCGGCGGCUGCCGCCGCGGCCGCAGCGGCGGCGGCCCAGGCCGUAGCCGCAGCCACUGCCAGCACCGCUGCCGUCGACCCUGCUGCCCAGUACAACUACGCCCAGCAAUGGGGAAACUACCAACAGGCAUACGGUUACCAGCAGCCUUGGAGCGCCUAUCCGGCCGGUUCCUAUUACCCCACGCAUUGAACCGGAACCCGAACCGGGAGGAAAACCGCUUCCAAAAAACAACGGCGACGCAGGUCGUCUUGUAAAUAUAAACGAGGCUGGCCCCUCCGACGGCACGCAAGAGUCCAGCCAGUUGUUCAUUCACCCACACUCCGAAAGAAGGCUCCCCUUCAAGCCAUCUCACCUAGACCCUCACCCAUCAUUUUUUCUCUCUACGUUUUUACACUGCAAAAUCGUUUUUUUUUUUCUUUUUUGUUACGAUUAGCAGUGCAAAGACUCGAAGAAGGCGGAGUCACAAAAAUAAAUGACACAAAUGUGUU